CGGUCUUCUGGUCCCAACUAUUUAGCCCCGUCUCCCUCUCCUCCUCUCUCCCUCUCCCUCUCAGUGCCAUCGCUGGUUCCAGUGAAAGAAUAAGAAGAGAGGCUUAAGGCAGGAAGUUGAAGGGGGGAUAACCGCGGGCUUUCGGUUCCUUAUCUCAAACGUUGGCUUACCUCUGCGAUCCAGAGUUCUCAAGCUAUUCAUUUCAAUUCGCUUCUUGGCUUUGUCACUUGGCUUUGUGAGUGUUUCUGCAUGUCUUAUGUGGAUAAAGCCAUGUCUGGUCGAAGCCCAUCCCCAAAUAUAAAAAUUCCCGAAAUAACUUGCCCCAGUGGAGCCAUGUCUGUCACUUCUUCCAUUGAACCGACUCCCUUGCCAGCAGUACAAGGUGAGAAUUUACAUGGGCCUGUUGCCAUUCUUUGGGACAUCGAAAACUGUCCAGUUCCCAGCGAUGUUAGACCUGAAGAUGUUGCUGGCAACAUUCGUCUGGCAUUGAGAGCACACCCUUUGAUCAAAGGAGCUGUGACAAUGUUUUCCGCAUACGGGGACUUCAAUUCCUUUCCUCGUAGGCUAAGAGAGGGAUGCCAAAGGACUGGCGUUAAGCUUGUCGAUGUGCCAAAUGGUAGAAAAGAUGCUGCUCACAAGGCUAUUUUGGUUGAUACAUUCCUACUUGCCCUCGACAAUCAUCCACCUUCUUCAAUUAUGUUGAUCUCCGGGGAUGUGGAUUUCGCUCCUGCUUUGCAUAUACUGGGACAACGUGGUUACAUGGUGAUUCUUGUCAUCCCUUCUAAAGUUUUUGUCUCAUCCGCUUUGUGCAGUGCUGGCAGGUACGUAUGGGACUGGUCGUGCAUUGCCCAUGGAGAAGGUUUUGUCUCUUCGAGAACUGGUUUAACGCGGGGAUCCGAGCUUUCCGGCUAUCUUAUGGGUAACAAUUUUGAUGACUGCCAUGAUGUUCAGAUUGAAGAAGAAGCCAUUGUUUAUAAAGGAAGUUACAAUUCCAGUAACACUAGGGACCUGUCUGUGGUAUCCCAGACGUCCUCUGAAUACAAUAUUAAUUAUUCAAUGCCUGCAGCAUUCCUUUCCUCCUCAAAGUUUCAAGGCCAACCUUCUAGAAUGAAUGAAGCUUCUUCAAGGGAUCAGAGCUGCAGGGCACAAGCCAGUUGGGUACAGCCAGGUGAUAUUCAAGGCUUAAAGGGCCAGCUAGUGAAGCUGCUAGAGACCUCUGGCGGAAGUUUGCCCCUCGUUAGAGUUCCAUCGGAGUAUCUUAGGAGCUACGGAAGGCCGCUCUACAUGUCGGAGUACGGAGUAUUCAAGCUGGUGCAUCUUGUGGAAAAGAUGGCUGAUACCUUGAGCUUGGUGGGAAGGGGACAUAAAAAGUUUCUCUGCCUUCGCAGCUCAGAUAGAUAUGUUAAGAAGUUUGAUAACAUACCUAUAAUUUUGAAGAGAAAUAAGAAUGAUAAAGGCGUAGUAGGGGAAUCUUCCGAUAUUGGUAUCAGCCCUAAUACAGGAAGCUCUUCGGAUGACUCAUCGGACGAGGAAAGGAAUGCUGAUGCUGGGUGUGAGUAUGAUGGCCUUCUUGAAGGUUUCAGGCGCGAAAUACAAGAGAUUCUUGUAUGCUACUCUUGUCCGGUCCCCUUAGAUUGCUUUGAAGUUCUGUAUCAACAGCGCUACAAAAAAAUUGUUGAUUAUCAGAAGUUUGGAUCUGAAGGGCUGGAGGAACUGGUUGAGAAGGUAAGGGAUGUAGUGAAAUUGUGUGAAGAUCAAUGGAGUAAGAAGAAAUUCCUCAUCUCCAGCAUUAAGCAGAUCUCAUCUAACCCAUCAGCUAUUGAGAAAGAUCAAAGAUUUGAAGAAAAUAAAACAAAAAACAGACAUCCAUGACUGCAGAGAAUUUCUCAACAUUCAAGAGGCACUAAAGCCAUGGUUUGAAGGGACUGCCAAAUGUAGCUUAGAUGACAGAUUGAGAA